UAGCGUAUCCGCGCUAAACAGCGAUAGUUCUAUACUGGUGAUUGAGUAGAAAGUGUUUUGACGAUGCGUAUCAGUCUGAUUUUGCUGUGUUUUGGUUGCCUGUUGGCAUUGGGUUAUGGGCAGAACGAUGGCAAGUAUCGACCAUCACCGGCGGAGCUAACGACACAAAGACCACGCUACAAUCCGUACAUCGAUGGAAGAUAUGUGCAAUAUCCUUACAACCCGUACCGGUAUCCUACUGACUCCCGCUACUACAAUCGGAACGAUGGACGUUACAUUGCCCGCAAUGAUGGCCGAUACUAUGGCGGAAAUGAUGGUCGUUACGUUCCUGGAAAUGAUGGACAAUAUGUUCACGUUGACAAUAAGUACAAACAUGUCGAUGGGAAGGCUGAUAGUGGAGCUAGAAUCCAAAGAGACAGCGUUGGCGCAAGCAAUGGAACUAAAAGUGGAACCAAUGGAGACGAAAGGGAAACUACGAAACCCGAAACAGUCCUUUCAGCAAUACUUCCCAUCCCAACACCACCGCCUAAUGUUAUUAGAAUGUACAGGUUACCGCAACCGUCCUUGGGUGGAAAAAGAAUGUACCGCUUGGAAAAUCAGAUCGAAGAGAAUGGUUAUCACUACAUCUAUCAGAAAGCGGAUGGUAUUGUAGCAGAGGAAACUGGUCGCAUCGAAAGGUCUGGAACACCAGGCGAAAAAAUUUACUCGCAAGGCACCUAUCAGUACGAUGAAGAUGGAGAGUUUUAUCAAGUGAAAUACACAGCGGUAGGCAAUUCUUAUCGCCCAGAGGGUGAUCACGUUCCCAAGGUGCCUCCAGCAAUCGAAAGACUUUUAAGAUAUUUAGCAUCUCAACCGAAGUAAACACACUGGAAUUGAUUCACAUUGAUCCGAACCAUAAAGAGCAUAACAAACAACAACAGUAAACAAUCUUUUUGAGUUACAAAUCAGGUCUUACAAUCGAAGAACUUUGACUUUGUGAAGAAGAUUUUUGUAUAAAAAAGACAUGAAGUAAAAGUAACCAAAAUCUAGGCUCAUAUGAUCGCUUUACGGAUCAAGUUAUCACACAUAGCCCUGCGCAAAGUACAGGAAGCAAACGCAAAAACUUAAUUGGAAAUCAAUAAUGUUAAAUUAAAAUAUCGUAAUUAAACGGGCAAAUCAAACUAAACCACGUUAAAUCAAACUAAACCACGUUCGCGCAGUUGUUUUGCGCGCGCGCACGCACACACUUACCACAAUUUCGAGCAGUGCACACAUUGGACAACGCGUUGGCCAAAAACAAAUUUCGAAAAGCAAGAGGGGUUGGUUGGGGUGAUUUCCAUUUUUUCCUGAUUUUUAAAAUGUAUACCACCAUAUGCUAACCAUCAUAAGAUAAAAAGAUUUACCACAUUUCGGAUGAUCCUAGAAAGGUUCAAAGAGGUUCUAGUGGGCCCAGGAUUGUGUAACAAUAAAAGGGUUAUCGCAACAAAAAAGGUUGACACGUGUUCACACAGUUUGAAGUAAGAAUUGACCGCAAUUCUAAUAGCAGGUGAUUGGCGAAAACUGAAGGAUUGUUCUUAAAUAUACUACACUUAGGCGCAAUUUGUACACUUCCAUACAUUAAAUAAAUAAAAUACGUUUCUCGAUUUGAUCAACAAAACCAUUUUGAUAAAAGAAAUAUUUGUAUAUAUGGAAAAUGACAAUCUCAUUAAUAAAAUUAAGAAAGGCAAUUGUUUUUGAAGAAUAAAUUGGGGGAUAAAUCACA